AUGCAGUGGUUUCUCCCGCUGCUCGUCGCAGCAUUAUGCGCAGCGCCCGCACAUGCAGCGACGACGAGCCUGGACGGAAUAUACGCGCUUGUGCAGCGUCAGAUCCCUCAGCAUCAAGACUCGUUCACUUUCAGUUUGAUAGAAGGUGACGGCGACGCGUUCACUAUCAGUGAUACUGUUGGUGGAAGCGGGGGGAUAACUGUUCAGUGUACAACUGUCAGUGCGUGUGCGCGCGGUCUCUACACGUAUGCGACACAGUUCGGAGGCGUUGACAUCUGGUGGACAGGUUCUCGCUUGAACCAGUUACCUGCCACGCUCCCGGAGGUUGGCCAGCCCGUAGAUGGCAGCGCCGUUGUGCCAUAUAGGUAUCACUUCAAUACGGUCACCUUCGACUACACCGCUGCGUUCUGGGACUGGGAACAGUGGGAGGCCGAACUCGAUUGGCUCGCCUUGCGCGGCGUCAACCUACCGCUCGCCUGGGUCGGCUACGAGUACAUCCUCACCCAGGUGUUCCAGGAAGUUGGCCUCACGGAUACCGACAUUGCAUCGUUCCUCUCGGGGCCGGCCUUUCAGGCAUGGAAUCGCUUCGGGAACAUCCAGGGAAGCUGGGGCGGCGACCUGCCUACGCAGUGGGUCAACGACCAGUACGCGCUGCAGCAACAAAUCGUUCAGCGCAUGGCCGACCUCGGUAUGACACCGGUUCUGCCCGCAUUCACAGGCUUCGUCCCUCACGCGAUGGCCAGGCUCUAUCCGAAUGCGUCAAUUGUGAACGGCAGUCAGUGGUCAGAUUUUCCAUCGAGCCUGACUGACACGUCCUUCCUGGAGCCGUUCGACCCUCUCUUUGCGACUAUGCAGCAAUCGUUCAUCACAAAGCAGCAGGCGGCGUUCGGCGCCAACCUGACGCACGUGUACACGCUCGACCAGUACAACGAGAACAGCCCGUAUAGUGGGGACACGGGAUACCUCGCGAACAUCUCCGCGGGCACGUUCGCGAGCCUGCGUGAGGCCGACCCAGAGGCAGUGUGGAUGAUGCAGGGCUGGCUGUUCUUCGCCGACGAAAGCUUCUGGACGGACGACCGCAUUUCUGCGUUCCUCAACGCGGUGCCUGGCUCCGACUCGAUGAUCAUCCUCGACUUGUACGCCGAGGCGGCGCCGCAGUGGCAGCGCACGGACUCGUACUAUGGCAAGCAGUGGAUCUGGUGCGAGCUGCACGACUACGGCGGGAACAUGGGCAUGGAGGGCAACUUGCCUGAGCUGGCAUCUGCCCCGCUCGCUGCAUUGAAUACCGCUGGGAGCUCGAUGAAAGGCAUGGGCCUGACUAUGGAGGGGCAGGAGGGCAACGAGAUUGUCUAUGACUUCCUGCUCGACCAGGCAUGGUCGUCUACCUCGCUGAACAUCACUGCCUACGUCGAGGCUUGGGUUUCCCGCCGUUACACGGUGGCGAGCCUUCCUGCCUCAGCUCAAGAGGCUUGGACGAUACUCAGUACGACGGUGUACAGCAACACCAACCCCAAUACCCAGGCGGUCAUCAAGAGCAUCGUGGAACUCUCACCAAGCAUCUCUGGGCUGACCAAUGCCACUGGUCAUCAUCCGACCGAAGUUUCGUACCAGACGAACACAUCGAUUAUACCUGCCUUGCAGAAUCUUGUCCAGGCUGCGGCCCAGAACCCGCUCCUGCUUACCGUCCCCGAGUUCGUUUACGAUGUUGUCGACGUCACGCGUCAGCUCCUCGUGAACAGGUUCAUCGGCUACUACACCGUGCUGGUGUCGGAGUACUAUUCAUCUGGUGCGACGUCAGCAUCUGUCAACGCAGCUGGACAACCUCUACUCACCGUCAUAACGGACCUCGACACGUUACUAUACACAAGCCCCUACUAUCUGCUGAGCAACUGGAUCUCGGACGCGCGCAGCCUCGCGAACGGUAACACGACGUACGCGGACUACCUGGAGUACAACGCCCGCAAUCAGAUCACGCUAUGGGGCCCCGACGGCGAGAUCAACGACUACGCGUCGAAGCAGUGGGCGGGGCUUGUGGGGACGUACUACCUUUCCCGGUGGCAGACGUUUGUGACGUAUCUGGCAGACAUCACGGGGAAUGGAACGGCAUACGAUAAUACCGUGCUGCAGGCGCAGCUGCUGAACAUUGGGAAGGCGUGGGAUCAAGAGAUUUGGGGCCAGAGUGCAAACGAACCGUUGACAACAGUUGGGACAUCGAUGACAGUGGUGGACCAGAUGAUACAAAAGUACAUUUAG